AUGAACGCCGGAAAACUUAAUAUUCGAGUGUUUAAUCAAGUUACAAGGCUUUCAAACGUGCAAUUAGGAUGUCGGCUGCUUCAUUCAAAUCAUAGCUCUCUACAGUCAUAUUUAAAGUAUCUCGAGUGGAAAAAUUGCUCGUUCAAGACAACAUUAGUCCAAGGAACUUUAUUUGAAUAUCUUGUGAAACAUAUACUAGAAAAGCACGGUUUCACUUUAAAACGAUGCGGAGGUAAAGAUGAUAGAGGAAUCGAUCUUUUAGGUAAAUUCCCUUCGGGUAGCAGCAUAGAAGCUAAAGUGGCCGUUUCAUGUAAAUCAAAUAAAGCUGCCAUUGGCCCAAAAUAUGUGCGAGAAUUGGAGGGUUCCCUUUCCUGGUGUCCCUUGAAUACAUUAGGGAUUUUGGCUUGCUUAAGCAAUUUUACUUCAGCUUCCUUGAAAGCCAUUCAAGUCAGUGAACGUCCUCUGGCCGUUUGUCGAAUAUAUAUUGAUCAUCACAGCAGCUAUAUGUUUCAAUUUGCAUGGAACUCGGCUGCCUCCAUUAUGUUUAAUGACAUGUCAGUUCGUCAAUUGUAUAAUUCCAAUACUCUCAUUGACACAUCAGAGGAAACUUCUUUGAUCCCUUACAAGUUUAUAUCUAAAGUACUUUGUGAUUCAGCUUCGAAUGAAGAUCGUCCAAUACCAAUUGGCCUUUUUUACAAAAGCAAACAGAUAUCCCAACUUGUUUAA